CUUCCCUCUGGAGUUCUAAGCUGCCAAAUAUCCAGCUUGAUGUGCUAUCCCCCCACCCGCCGCUGGCCUCUGUGUCCCUACUGUGUCCACAUCCAUCUUUCCAUUGUCCAACCACUUUUCCCAUGUCCCCUAGGCUCUGUGAGUGCCACUCACAGUGGGGAGGGGGUGGGGCCACCAUGUCAUCCUAUCAGAAGGAACUGGAGAAAUACAGAGACAUCGAUGAAGAUGAGAUCCUAAGGACUUUGAGCCCUGAGGAGCUAGAGCAGCUGGAUUGUGAGCUGCAGGAGAUGGACCCCGAGAACAUGCUCCUGCCAGCUGGACUAAGGCAACGAGACCAGACAAAGAAGAGCCCAACAGGGCCACUGGACCGAGAUGCCCUUUUGCAGUACCUGGAGCAGCAGGCACUAGAAGUCAAAGAGCGUGAUGACUUGGUGCCCUUCACAGGCGAGAAAAAGGGGAAACCCUACAUUGAACCCAAAAGGGAAAUCCCAGCAGAGGAGCAGAUCACCCUGGAACCUGAGCUGGAGGCAGCCUUGGCUAAUGCCACAGAUGCCGAAAUGUGUGAUAUUGCAGCAAUUCUGGACAUGUACACGCUGAUGAGCAACAAGCAAUACUAUGAUGCCAUCUGCAGCGGAGAGAUCUGCAACACCGAAGGCAUCAGCAGUGUGGUACAGCCUGACAAGUAUAAGCCAGUGCCGGACGAGCCCCCAAAUCCCACAAAUAUUGAGGAGAUACUGAAGAAGGUUCAAAGCAAUGACAAAGAACUGGAGGAAGUGAAUCUCAAUAACAUCCAGGACAUCCCAAUCCCCAUGCUAAGUGAGCUGUGUGAGGCAAUGAAGACAAAUACCUAUGUCCGGAGCUUCAGUCUGGUGGCCACAAGGAGUGGUGACCCCAUCGCCAAUGCAGUGGCUGACAUGUUACGUGAGAAUCGAAGCCUUCAGAGCUUGAACAUCGAAUCCAACUUCAUUAGCAGCACAGGGCUCAUGGCUGUGCUGAAGGCAGUUCGAGAAAACACCACCCUCACUGAGCUCCGCGUAGACAACCAGCGCCAGUGGCCUGGUGAUGCAGUGGAGAUGGAGAUGGCCACCGUGCUGGAGCAGUGUCCCUCUAUUGUCCGCUUUGGCUACCACUUUACACAGCAGGGACCACGAGCUCGGGCAGCCCAGGCCAUGACCCGGAACAAUGAACUGCGUGAGUAACUGCAGAUGGGGUGUGGGGAGAGGGCAAGAAAAAACAGAAGCCAGUGGGGCCUCCUGAGAGCGAGCUUAGUGACACAUGGCCUGGAUGCUGCCAGAUACUCACCGAAGUUCAAAUUUCAUGAGUGAUCAGAAAGUGCAGAGAGGGACCAGCAGGUGGUAUAGUGGCUAAGGCACUGG